AUGCCGAAAGAGGACUUUCGGACUACCCCUCGAAUGGAGAAAACUGGUCAAGAGCUGAAUAGCGAAAAUUACCAACUCACCGGUUAUACUGAGCGUCGCCCCACUCGCGAAUUGCAAGAGAAGAACAUGUCCGAAGAGAAGAACAUGUCCGAAGAGAAGAACAUCUCCCAAGAGAAGCACAUCUCCCAAGAGAAGCACAUCUCCCAAGAGAAGACCCCAAGCAAAAAUGUCAGACCAAACACUUUUAGCACUACCUUACCUGUCAACUCACCAUUGCUUUUCAAAGCAAGUAGCACGCCAGCUACACCAGUCCAAAUGGGAGAACAGCACAAGAGAGGUUUGUUUGGUUUGAGAUCUUCUAAAAACUCCUCGGGUCCCAUGGCAGAAGAGCCCUCAAACUCUGAAGUCAGAAAUCAUGAAGAAGAAACUAAGGGCGGUUUUGCUCAUGAAGCUUCUGAGCUAAAGAAUAAGAUUAAUGAGCAAAGAAAACAUUUCGGCAGGAAGAACUCUGAAAAAGACCACGACCGCAAUGCAGCAGCAAGGUCGGGCGUUAGCCGUGGCAAUAAAGCUGAGUCAAACGAACCAGGUGAGAUUUCUUCGUCAAACAAAUUAUCAAAAGAUGCAGCGAACACCAGAAACUUACCACAAGUUCGGGAGAGCUCAUAUACCGGGAACACCGGCUCAUUUAGCAAAAGGGAUUUCGCGCGCGAAGGCGAAAUUAAUGACGCUAGCGGUAAAGAACAUAACCACGGUUCAAGAAACAAGGGCGUGCCAGGACCAAAGCGAGGAGUAUUUUCAGGCGAAAUUGGUGACGUUAGCGACCAAGAACACAACCACGGUUCAAGAAACAAGGAUUUGGCAGGACUAGAGCAAGGAGGAAUCUCAAGCGAAAUUUAUGACAACAGUAGCAGAGAACAUGAGCAAGGAGCAUACUCAAGCGAAAUUGGUGACGCUAGUGGCAGAGAACAUAGCCACGGUUCAAGAAACAAAGGCGUGUCAGGACCAAAGUAAGGAGUUUUCUCCGGCAAAAUUGGUGACAUUAGCGACAAAGAAUAUAACCAUGGUUCAAGAAGCAAGGGCGUGCCAGAACUAGAGCAAGGAGGAUUCUCAAGCGAAAUUCAUGACACUAGUGCCAGAGAACAUGAGCAAGGAGCAUACUCACGCGAAAUUGGUGACGCUAGUGGCAGAGAACAUAACCACGGUUCCUGAACCAAGGGUGUGUCAGGACUAGAGCAAGGAGGAUUUUCAAGCGAAAUUCAUGACACUAGUAGCAGAGAACGUGAGCAAGGAGCAAACUCACGCGAAAUUGGUGACGCUAGUGGCAGAGAACAUAACCACGGUUCCAGAACCAAGGGUGUGCCAGGACUAGAGCAAGGAGCCUUCUCAGGCGAAAACCCCAAAAACCGGAAUGUUCAUAUCCCCGGCAUGUAUGCUUCUAAUUUGGGGGAUUCGAAUACCAAAAACUAUUCAGGUGAGGAUUUCGGCACCAGCAAUGCUGGCAACCCCAAUGAAUUUGGAAGUGGUACUGCACAGCCAAUGGCUAAGGAGAAAAGCUCGGCAAAAAGUGUUCCCAAACUUGACUUUGCAGGAGAGAAGAAGCAUAGCGAUGUGGUGGGCAAGCAUACUCAUACAUCAAGCGCCCAGACGGAAGGGACGUUAGACCCAAACAGCCAGGGUGCUUAUCGGGCCACUAAAGGUGUAUUUCCUGAUGAAGGAAGAACUCAGGCUUACAGAAAAGCAAAUAUGGAUUCAAAUGAUGAAUCGGCUUUCAACAAAACCCCAAGGCAUCAGGAUACUGAUCAGACAUUAUUAGGCUCGUCGGGAUCCACCAACCUAGCAGCGGGAGUUUCUGAUCACCGCCCUAUGGACCUUUCUCAAGAUGAAGAGACUGGCUAUGAAGAGUACCACCCCUCGGGGUCCGAAAUGGAUCCUGAAAAAGGUGCGCUAGGGGCCUCGGAUGCGGAGAGACGGAGGUCUUCCCUUGCCGAAUCUACCGAAGGUAAUUCAGAGCUCAAAGCCUCUAAAAGUAGAAGUAUGAGUAUGGGACAUGCUCCAUUCGCCAGUAUUGGUCGAACGCUUUCUGGCAAAUCCCACUCAGACACUCCUGAUUAUGACCAGGAAACUCCUAAAGAACACAAAGAACCUUCUAAGAUUUCCACGACUUUCAAAGACGCUUGGGGUGCCGUGAAGGGAAGACGUCGUAGUAGCCACGCUGAACCGAAUAUGAAGGAUCCCCAUGAUGUUGAGUCGAGCAACAAACAUGAGUACGAAACUGUGAUGAGCGAUACUUCCAGUCGUUCGCCGGAGGUUAAAUCCAAAAACCAUGUUGGAAUCACGAAUGCCGAAGAGUAUGAAGUUAAGCACCAUCGCGAGGCCCUGAACCGAAAACUUAUGACAGAUCCUGAAUGGAAGGAACAUGAGGAUGCUUAUGCCCGCCAGGUGGGAAAUAGGCCUAGUCUUGUUGAUCCUAAUGAACUAACGUAUGGUGCGGUGGGAAGAAGAAAGUCUUCGGUCAGCGAGAACAACCCGGAGUAUGUGACACGCGGAUCGCAUGGCAACCGCAAUAUCUCAGUAGGUUCUGAAGCCGAUCACAGCCAAAUGACAGAUCCAUCUCAAGUGCCAAUUGUCGAAGAGGUCGGUGCCGCUCAAGAGCGUACGCCUCGCAAUGCGCAUUUCAUCGAGAUGAAGGAAAGUCACAUUGACGAUCGUAUCCGGUCAGAACCCCAUGAUCGACCAGCGAAUGCCGCUGCUACUUUUGCU